AGACUUUGUUAAAACAAUCAUAUGAAAAUUUGAAAUGGGACAAAGAAAAUAACUGGAACGAAACGAACAAGUCAGUAGCGCCAUUUAUCGGAGAAUUGAAUAAACGAAUUACAUCAAGGGAAAUAACUUAUACAACACUGCAAUUAAAUUACUAAUUAGUGUGAUUUAUAACCGAUCACUGAAGCGUUGUUUAUAUCGGAAUACGGCACUCCGUCGCUUACGACGUCGAGGGUUCACAGCCUGCUCGUGAAAUUAACGUGCAAGUGGCUGAGCACUCCACAGACAUAUGUACCCUUAACACAGUUCUCGGGGAUAUUCAGCGUGACACAGUGUGACAAGGCUGACCCUUUGAAUUACAGGCACAACAGAAACAGGAAGUAAGAGUGAGAGAACGUUGUGGUGGAAGAGUGCCACCAUCCCCUGCCGGAGCCUCGUGGAGUUAUAGGUGUAUUCGCUCAAUAAACACUCACAACGCCCAGUCUGGGAAUCGAAACCGCGAUCCUAUGACUGCGAGUCCGCUGCCCUAACCACUGGGUCAUUGCGCCUCCACUUCACAUGAAUUACUUUGUCAUAUUAACUGCAGGAAAUUACUCUGAAAGAUAUCUUUGCAGAAAGAAUAACAAAUGACACUGGCAUCAAAGAAUUAUAUACAUCAUUUAAAUCGGAUAUAUUAGGGAGAAAGUUAUAUGGAACUCAUGUAAGCCUCCUUAUAUAAAUUUAUUGUAAAUUGCAGGCAAAUAUUUUUCCUGAACUGAGAUUGAUAACCAUGAUCAUUUUCUUGGCUAUCUGGAAUGUGUACAAGGAUGAUUUUGCUUUUGAAUUAAACUUGGAUAGAUUUAAACCAGUUUCCAUAUUGACAGUGAUCACAGUAGAAGAAAUAAUUACUGAGAAUAUAUGUAUAUGAAAAGAAGAUAAACAUCUCUGAAUUGUAAUGAGAGAAGAAAAUUAAUGUCGAACAAGAAUAAGUUUGAAUCAGAACCACAGUUUAAAAGUAUUGAUUUACAUUGUGAUAUGAAUAAAGAGAAAGGGAAAACAUCAGACCACUGUGAUAUCUGUGGGAAAUCAUUCUCUGAAAGUUGUAACUUAAUAACACACAAAUACAUUCAUACAGAUUUGAAAUCAUAUCAUUGUGAUGUUUAUGGUAAAUCAUUCUCUCAAAGCAGUCGCUUAACUGAACAAAUACAAAGUCACAAAACAGAGAAACCAUAUCAGUGUGACAUCUGUGGUAAAUCAUUCUCUUAUAGAAAUAACAUAGCUGCCCACAAGCGUAUUCAUACAGGUGAGAAACCAUAUUGUUGUGAUGUCUGUGGUAAAUCAUUUUCUCGAAAUGGUCAAUUAACUAGACACAAACAAAAUCAUACAGGGGAGAAAUUAUAUCGCUGUGAUGUCUGUGGUAAAUCAUUCUCUCAAAGUGGUGACUUAACUGGACACAAACGAAGUCAUACAGGAGAGAGACCAUAUCAGUGUGAUAUCUGUGGUAAAUCGUUCUUUCAAAAUUAUAAAUUAACUACCCACAAACGGAGUCAUACAGGAGAAAAACCGUAUCUCUGUGAUAUCUGUGGUAGGUCAUUCACUCAAAACGGUACUUUAACUGAACACAAACAAAUCCAUACAGGAAAGAAACUAUAUCACUGUGGUGUCUGUGGUAAAUCAUUCUCUGUACAUAAAGUCUUAACUAAUCAUAUGCGUAUUCAUACAGGUGAGAAACCAUAUAAGUGUGAUAUCUGUGGUAAAUCAUUCUCUGUAAAUAGUGUCUUAACCACACAUAAACGUACUCAUACAGGAGAGAAGCCAUAUCAGUGUGAUAUCUGUGCGAAAUCAUUCUCUCAAAGUGUUCAUUUAACUAAGCACAAACGUAUUCACACAGGAGAAAAACCUUAUUGCUGUGAUAUUUGUGGUAAAUCAUUCUCUCAAAGGAUUCACUUAACAAGACAUGUAGCUAUUCAUGUAGGACAAUAGCUACAUCAGUGUCAUUAUUGAGGCUGUCAAGGAUAGUUUCAAUAAAUCUUGAAUUGAUCUUG